AUGAUGAUGUUUCAAAUUAAACAAAUCUUUCUCGUCAUUUUCAUGAUAAAAUUAUCGACGACCGAGGAGCAAUUUCCUCAAAUAUUAACUAAAACGUACAAUCAAACAUGGAAUGUUUCAUCAACAGCUAUUCUAACAUGUCAUGUUCGUGAUUUAGAUGAUCAUCAUGUAACAUGGUUUAAAGUUGAUCCAUUAACAUCUUUAUCGUACCCAUUAGCCGUUGGCAAAGAAUUAUUUACAACUGAUAAGCGUUUCUCGAUAUCUUCUUACUCGUCUUCAUUAAGAGAUUCUCAUUGGACACUGGAAAUCUAUGAAUUGAAUCCAUCGGAUGAAGGAACAUAUCUAUGUCAGAUCGCCAAUCGACGAGCGAGCGUGAGCAUUGCGAUUUAUUUACAUGUUCAAAUUCCAAUGAUUCUAUUUCCGUCAUAUCUCUACGUUGAACCAGGAACGCAUGUGAAACUAAACUGUAGUCUUUUUCUCGAUAAUCACAAUCAGGAAGCGUUAUUAUCACAUAUCAAUUGGCAUUUUGUGUCCAAUCAAAUGAACAAAAGCAAACCUGAUGAUGUUCAUAUUCGAAAGAAAUUUCUUAACAAUAGUUUAACUUCGUCCUUAAUCAUUCAGCAUGCUCAAAUUUAUCAUUCAGGAAUAUGGACGUGUGUAUAUAAACGUCAACGAGGUACGACAAAAUUAGUUGUUGAGAAAGAUGCUUCACGUCGGCAACGGAUAAGUGCCUUAUUGUCAAAUAAUUCCAAUAGACAAUGUUCUUUGAGAAAGUUCCUUCUGCUCUUUUCUAUAUUCUUUUUCGAUUAUUGUAAUAAACUGUUUCUUCUAUGA